AUGGAAGAGAAAAAAACAGCAAGAGCGUUAAGCGAACACCUAUCUUUACCUCCUCCACCACCUCCAGUUGUAGCGGUAGCCAUUAACGGGAAGAAGAAGAGCAAAUACGUCGCCUUUUGGGCUCUUGAGAAAUUCAUACCUGAAGGAUUCGCUGAUUUCAAACUGCUCUAUGUUCGUCCUCCUGUUACUUACAUACCUACCCCAAUGGGGAAUGCGAUAUCGGUAACAGAGCUUAGAGACGAUGUAGUAUCAGCUUACAAACAAGAAGUGGAUUGGAACACAAACGAGAUGCUUCGUCCUUACAAGAAAAUGUUCGAAAGGCGAAAGGUGCGAGUAGAGAUUCUGGUGCUGGAAUCACAUGAGCCUGUAGCUGCGAUAGCGGAAGAGAUUGCUGAAACCGGAGUGACCAAACUGGUAAUAGGAAUGUCUCUUCGCGGAUUCUUUUCAAGAAAGAUCGAUAUGUCUUCUAUGAUCGCUACCGCUGUCCCAAGAUUCUGCACGGUUUAUGUGGUCUCUAAGGGUAAACUAGCUUCCGUGCGUCCUUCUGAUUCAGACGCAAGUGGAAGCAUAAGAUUUGAGAGAACCGAGAGAAGCAGUUCCACGAGUGGCUCCACUGAUAGUGCUAGACUACCUUCUGAGUACCAAGACUUUCUCUCGUUUGCUUCGGAAGCGCAAUCUCGAGUCUCUCCUUUGUUUCCUGCUCCGAAACAUUCAGCAUUCCCGGAGAUGAGUAGCAGCGCGGUGGUUCAAAUGGAUACAAGUUCUAGCGAGACAGACUAUUCGGAAGUAAACAGAGGGAGAGGAAUGCAGAUUGUACAAAGCGGUAAUGAAGGAAAGAAGAAUAACAAUAGCAAUGAGAGCUUUAGCGCAUCGUUUCCAAUGGGAGAGGAAGCGUAUCACGCGAUGAGCUGGACUUCUAAAUGGAGAGAUCAUGAGGACAGGAGAGAGAUCAUGAGCUCGUCUUCGAGCAACAACCACGAGCUAGCGAAUAUGGAUUGGGGUGCGGUUAUACCUGAGAACUAUUCUUGGGUUUCUCAUCAAGCUUCUAACAUGUCUGAUGGACUCCUCAGUGUCCAUUCCAUGACCGAUAAUCAGAUUGAGAAGCUAAGAGCAGAGCUGAAACAUGUUCAGGAGAUGUAUGCCAUGGCUCAAACCGAGACUGUUGAUGCCUCGAAAAAGCUUAAUGCGCUGAACCAGCAGCGGUUUGAGGAAUCAGAGAAGCUUGUGGAGCUGAAGGAAAAGGAAGAAGUAGCAAAAGAUACAGCUUCAAAGGAGAAGCAGAGGUACGAAGAGACGAUGAAGCAAGCAGAGAAGGUUAAAGAACUCAUGAUGAGAGAAGCUCUACAUAGAAGAGAAGCUGAGAUCAAAGCAGAGCGCGACGCUAAAGAGAAAGAUAAGCUUCAGGCUUCUCUCGUCUCUCCCGGGAUCCAAUACCAACAUUUCACGUGGGAGGAACUCGCAGCCGCGACUUCUGAUUUCUCGCAAGAUCUCAAAAUCGGAAUUGGAGCCUAUGGUACCGUUUACAAGUGCAAUCUGCAUCACACGACCGGCGCUGUCAAGGUCCUUCACGCAGGAGAAACUCAGCUCUCUAAACAGUUUGAUCAAGAGCUUGAGAUCUUGAGCAAAAUCCGACAUCCUCACCUCGUCCUCCUCCUCGGGGCAUGUCCCGAACGAGGCUGCCUCGUCUACGAGUACAUGGACAACGGAAGCUUAGAUGACCGGUUGAUGCUAGUCAACGACACACCUCCAAUCCCUUGGUUCGAGCGUUUCAGGAUCGCAUUAGAAGUCGCUUCAGCGCUCGUCUUCCUCCACAAGUCCAAGCCUAGACCAAUCAUUCACCGUGACCUCAAACCAGGAAACAUUUUGCUUGACCACAACUUCGUCAGCAAACUCGGCGACGUCGGUCUCUCAACAAUGGUUAACCAAGACGACGCUUCUUCUAAGCUAACCGUCUUCAAGAAAACCAGUCCCGUGGGAACGCUCUGUUACAUUGACCCUGAGUACCAGCGAACCGGGAUUAUCUCACCUAAAUCAGAUGUGUAUUCACUGGGAGUUGUGAUUCUGCAGCUGAUAACCGCGAAACCCGCAAUAGCGAUUACUCAUAUGGUGGAAGAAGCGAUUGGAAACGAUGCUGAGUUUAUGGCAUUGUUGGAUGUGAAAGCUGGAUCUUGGCCUAUUAACGAGACUCGUGAGCUAGCUGCUUUGGGACUGUGUUGUACGGAACUUAGACGCAGAGACCGACCGGAUCUUAAAGAUCAGAUCAUCCCGGCUUUGGAACGGCUUAGGAAAGUCGUCGACAAAGCUCAAAACUCGCUAUCGAGAACUCUGUCGGGGAGUGAUGAACGAGCCGUGCGUUGCGGCGGAUGGGUAUACAUACGAUCGAGAAUCGAUAGAGAAAUGGCUGAGGGAGAAUGGUACAUCGCCGGUGACGAACCUUCCAUUACCAAACAAGAACCUUCUUGCUAA